AUGAGCUACACCACCACCACCGUUGAGCACCUCCCCUCUCAGGCUGAUAUUAGCAGCAAACUCUCUCUUCUUCGUCUUCGGGGUAGUACGGACGAACAAGAGGGCAAGCCGGAGGAAAAGAAAUCCAAGGCCAAAUACCCACACUAUCUUCCAGUCUGGGACAAGACCAAGUUUCCAGACUGGACUGAAGUGCCAUACACAGACCCCGGAUCUCGAGCUACCGCUGAUAAGCGAAACUUGUUCACGCCCGGCUCAACUCACAAGGCGAUAACUCCAUCUUUGGGCGAAGAGGUUAAUGGCGUUCAACUCUCCCAACUCACCAAGGAAGGGCUCGAUGACCUUGCUUUGCUAGCCGCCGAGAGAGGUCUCGUAGUCUUUAGAAACCAAGAUUUCAAGGACAUCGGGCCCGACAAGCAGCUCGACAUUGUGCGACACUUUGGACGACUGCACAUCCAUCCCGGUCACCCCGAAGGUUACCCAGAAAUGCACGUGGUCUACCGCGACCCCAACGAUAGCACAAUCUCCCGCUACACCAAGCCCAACCAAGUCGGCCGCAUCUCCUCCGUUCAAUGGCACGCCGACCACGUCGCCGAGAUCCAGCCGCCUGGUAUCACCUUCUUCUUCGCUCUCGAGACGCCCCCUGCCGGAGGCGAUACAAUCUUUGCAUCCGCCACCGAAGCUUACGACAGGCUAUCUGACGAGUUCAAAAAACGCCUCGAAGGUCUCUUGGUCGUGCAUAGCAACAAAGACAUGAUCGACCAUUCUGCAGCUAUGGGCGGUCCGGCAAGGUUUACUCCCCUUGAGACACUUCAUCCUCUCAGUACGUCUCUCCCAUCCUCACAUCCUCCCAUCCUUUCUGUCUUCUUCCAAGAUGAGGUCAGGGUUGCUGACAAAGACACAGUCCGUACCCAUCCCGUCACUGGCAAAAAGAUCCUCGCCAUCCACGCUGGCCACGCCCAGCGUAUCUACGGCUACAAACAAGAAGAGUCCGACUACUUGUUCAAUUUCCUCGUCGAUGUCUUGGCGAAAAGCCAGGAUCUUCAAACGAGGGUGCAUUAUGAAGAAGGGACGGUAGCUGUCUGGGACAACCGUACAGUCCUUCACUCCGCCACCUACGACUUUAAAGGUGAUGAGCGCCGUCAUGUCGUCCGAAUUGCAGCUAUGGCCGAGAAACCUUUUUAG